UCAAAUCAACAAUCAUAAUUCAUACCUACCCUCAUUCAAUUCAUCUUUGUUAAAAAAAAUGACGAGAAAAAAUAAUAGUAUGGGAGCGAUCUUGCUACAGAAAGAAAGCUUUCGAAGAACAAAAUUCGGUACCCUUUUAUACUCCGAUCCAAUCAGUGACCAUGAAGAAAGCAGUAACAAUUCCGCUCGCAGCAGCAAUGCUUCUUCUGCACCCAGUCCACCUAGAACGUCGUCGUUUAACGGCACAAACACUACUGCUAACAAUUCCCCAAAUUACUUCAUGUCUCCAUGGAACCAAUCUGCUUCGCCUUAUGUAAAAUCUCCAUGGAUUCACCAACCAUUACUCGAUUCCUCCGAAGAAUCAGAAUCAAGCGAUUGCAAAAAUGGUCUAAUCGGGUCUCUUGUUCGAGAAGAAGGACAUAUAUAUUCAUUAGCUGCAUCUGGAGAUUUGCUGUAUACCGGAUCAGACAGCAAAAAUAUUCGAGUUUGGAAGAACUUGAAGGAAUAUUCCGGGUUCAAAUGUCAAAGCGGAUUAGUAAAAGCCAUUGUUGUUUACGGAGAUAAAAUAUUCACCGGUCAUCAAGAUGGUAAAAUUCGGGUAUGGAAAUUUUUAGGGAAAAAAAGAAAAGCGUAUAAACGUGUUGGUAGUUUACCUACCGUUAGAGAUUAUUUAAAGAGUUCAAUUAAUCCUAAAGCGUAUGUUGAAGUAAGACGAAAUCGGAAUGUUCCUUGGAUUAAGCAUUUUGAUGCUGUUUCUUGUAUGAGCUUGGAUAAAGAGAGAGGAUUGCUUUAUUCUGGAUCUUGGGAUAAAACACUGAAAGUUUGGAGAUUAUCGGAUUCGAAAUGCCUUGAAUCUAUUAAUGCUCAUCAAGAUGCAAUUAAUUCAGUCGUCGUUGGAUUCGACGGGUUGGUUUUCACUGGAUCAGCAGAUGGAACGGUUAAAGCUUGGAGAAGGGAAUUAGUUGGGAAUAGUGCAAAACAUGUUCUUGUGGAAACACUAUUGAAACAGGACAAUGCUGUGACAUCACUGGCCGUAAACGCUGCCGCAGCAACGGUGUAUGCCGGAUCCUCCGAUGGACUAGUGAAUUUCUGGGAGCGACAGAAGCAUUUUUUGGAGUACGGAGGUGCGCUGAGAGGUCAUAAAUUAGCUGUGCUGUGCGUGGCGGUUGCUGGUAAUCUGGUAUUGAGUGGAUCGGCUGAUAAAUCCAUAUGCGUGUGGAGAAGAGAAGAAGGUAGUAUCCAUAGUUGCUUAACGGUGUUAACAGGACACAACGGCCCCGUUAAAUGCUUGACUGUCGAAGAAGAUUCAAACGGCAGCGACAAUGAAGAUGAAGCUCCCAUGGAGAAGAAAAGUGACAAAUAUUGGAGAGUGUAUAGCGGUAGUUUGGACAAUUCCGUGAAGGUUUGGAGACUAUCGGAGAACAGCUUUAGUGGUUUCGAGGAAAUAUAAAAAGAAAAUG